GGAGAGGGGACUGUAUGCUCCAGGUUUCAUCAUGUCUGUCUGUAAAACAGAGCAGAACCUUCUGUAUCUUUUCAUUAUCGCGUUGGUGGGAGCAGAGGUCCAGGAGAGCAUCUCCCCCGAGUGUAAGAAGUUCUUGUACAUGGGGACCAUACCAAGAGGGCUGGAGGAGCAGCCUUUAAAAAAGAUCUGUCAGUACUAUGCGGGCAAGCCACGGUUCUUCACCCUCUAUGACACCUUCAGCCACAUCCCUGUUUACUCUGCGUACACUUUCAAGCGCUCGGAUGGCUCCAAAGUGGUUGACAUCCCCUGGAUGUAUGAGCCGCAGCUUUCUUUAGUGUCUGGAUCCAGAGAGAUGGAGACGCUCCCUUCUGAACACGCUUACAAGAGUUUUGAAGAUUCUCAGGCUGUGCUUGACGACUACUCCGACUCUGUGAUCUUCGAGCGAGGUCAGUUGAACCCAGACGAGCACCAGGCCGAUCAGGAUGACAAAGCAGCUACCUACACUCUGACCAACGUGGUCCCCACGGUCCGAGAGUUCAACAUCGGUCCUUGGAAAAUGCACCAACACACCAUACGUAAGAGGCUGAACAACUACUGCCGUGGAAACGCUUAUGUGGUCACGGGGAUCACCACCUCAGGCCACACCAUUCGCCGCAAUAACAUCAACCGGCUAGGCAUCCCUACCUAUCUCUGGUCGGCCUACUGCUGCAUAGAUUUUGAUCACAACGCUCCAUACGCGGAGCGCACCAAGUUCCCUGCAUUUGCAGCUUAUGGGCUCAAUGACAGGGAGAAUAACAGGGUCCAGGAGAUGACAGUGCAGCACCUGGAGGAGUUUCUGAAGAGGGUAACAUAUGUCAGCAGCUCCUUCCAGAUCUUCUACGAUAACUGUGUGCCUUCCAAUACUGCCAUUGAUCACCUGCAUUUGGCUUAAGAAAAGUAGAUAAGUUAAAAAAGUAGACAGUCUUUACCUUUCAAUUUUAGCAUUUUGAUUUUCUCACAUUACUAAAGUAACAUGUUUCACUCUGUACCAAGGAUGCCUUGUCAGAAGCAUUAGUAACAACAGAUAGUUGCAGAUCACAGCUCUUUACCUAAACUGAUAUUU